AUGCAACCUAUUGGUCGACGACGCCGCUGGCGCAAUGUAGUGGAGCGGGCGCAAUUCAAUGCGCAAUUGCGUCAAUUGAGGGAUGCUGGUCCAGGGGAUAAUAUUGGCCUGGCAUUGACGGAAGCCUUGCAUCACGCUAUUGAAACAGAACUCGACCGCGAGCAACGACCUGCCCAUCAUUUUGUGAACUUUGCUAUUACAGCGCAUGGAUUUACUCACGCGUAUCAAACCGCCAAUUUUACUGUGGGAGAAUUUUUACAACGUACGGCUCGUUUGGAUGAGAUGUUGGCCACCCUGGCGGGAAAAUUAAACAGCAAUGAAGCCUUCAACCCCGAUCGUGGGUUCCAAGUGGAUGUGGUGUUUGUCUCCAUGCCUGGCCCGGGGUCUGGUCGACAUAAACAACGCAAUGUGGGACGUUUAUGCCUGGAUCGAGUCAACCAGAAAAAGCGAUGCAUUGUCACCAUUCGAAACCGAGAUACCCUAUGCUGUGCCCGUGCCAUUGUCACCAUGCGCGCCCACUGCCAUAAAGAUCAAGGCGUGGACGAGUUUCGAGACUGGGACAAUCUCAAACGUGGUCGACCUGUGCAGCGACGUCAAGCCCAGGCUCUUCAUCGGCAAGCGGGAGUCGCUGAGGGUCCCUGUGGUCUACCCGAGCUUCGUCAAUUUCAACAAGCAUUGGGGUCUCACUACCAACUCUUGGUGAUGACCCGGAUGAAACCGUUCUUUUUGAUUUUCAAAGGCCCCACUGCCCCUCAUCAGAUUCGUUUACUCAAAUCCAACGAUCAUUUUGACGGCUGCACGUCCUUUCCUGCGUUUGUCAACCGCUCCUAUUAUUGCUUGGACUGUGAACGAGGGUUCAACACCAACGAUCGGACCAAUCAUACUUGUCAAGGGAAACGCUGCUCCGCGUGUGGGCGUUUUGAUUGUCCGGAGUAUGUGCGGGGUACCCGUCCCACUGAGUAUUGCUGUCUGUGUUACCGCAAGUUUUAUGGCCAUCAGUGCAAACGUUAUCAUGAAAUCAGCAAGCAAUGUCAAUCCAUCAAAACCUGUCUCAAGUGUCAAGCCCAAUACACGGUCGUCCGUAACCAACGUCACCGGUGCGGGUACGCCAAAUGCCCUGCCUGUCAGGAAUGGGUGUCCAUCCAAAACCAUCAAUGUUACAUUCAACCCAUGGUGGAGGAGCACGAGGAGACUGAACCCACAGAGGAGGGGGGAGGUCGCAUGGUGGCGCCACCCCCUCCCCUGUUUGUUUAUGCAGAUUUUGAAGCCAUGCAGAAUGCAGAAGGGGUGUUUGUGGCUAAUUUGUUAUGUUAUUCGUCGAGUGUAGACACCACCAUUCAUGUCUUGGACGGGGAGGACUGUGCCCUACAAUUUUUGCGCGAUUUGGAUGAUCUCACGGAUGUUCCAGACUGUGAGGAGGAGCGGACGAUACUCGUGGUGUUUCACAAUCUAAAAGGGUUUGAUGGCAUGUUUAUUCUCCAUGAACUCUACCAGCAACAACGCGAGGUCGUGGAUCAACUGACCGUGGGCGCCAAAGUCCUAUCGUUCAGAAGUGGACCCAUCAAAUUCAUUGACUCAUUAUGUUUCUUGCCUAUGCCGCUGGCCUCUUUUUCCAGCACCUUCAAUUUGACCGAAUUAAAGAAGGGAUUCUUUCCCCAUUUGUUCAACACCCCCGAUCACCAACAGUAUGUGGGCCGCAUCCCUGAUUUGGAGUUUUACGAUCCCAACGGCAUGAUGGCCAAAAAGAAAGAGGAACUGACUCGUUGGCAUGCGGAUCAAGUCCGUCGGAACGUGCCUUUUCAUUUCCAACAAGAAAUGAUUGAGUAUUGCAAAUCCGAUGUGGCUCUGUUAAAAGCUGGGUGUGAAGCCUUUCAAGAGGAAUUCGAACAACAGGCUGGUUUCAAUCCCAUGGCCAAGUGCAUUACCAUCGCCAGUGCCUGCAAUUUGUAUUGGCGCAAGCAUCAUCUGACCCCCGACACCAUUGCUGUGGAACCUCUCGGAGGGUGGCGAGGGGCCCAAGUCAAUCAAUCCCUCAAAGCCCUCCAAUGGCUCUAUUACCAGGAACAUCUCCUUCCCAAAGAGGGGGCUAGUGCUGAUCGCAUUCGUCACGUUCGCAAUGGCGGCGAACAAUCGGUCCGAACCAGCGUCGACAGUCAUUUCGUCGAUGGCUACGAUCCUGUGACUCGCACCGUCUACGAGUUUCACGGCUGUCUCUACCAUGGCUGUCCCCGCUGUUAUCCCGCGAGAAACGCCAAACAUUAUGCCACACCGGAUCGAACUGUGGAGGAACUCUAUCAAGCCACGCUCUCUAAACGCACGGCCCUGCUCCGAGCGGGUUAUACAGUCAUUGAAAUAUGGGAAUGUGAAUGGGACCAAUUAGUGGACGCCGAUGAAGCUGUUCAACAUUUCCUGAAUUCCUUCGAUUUGGUGGCACCCCUGGAACCCCGUGAAGCCUUCUUUGGAGGUCGAACCGGUGCGGUGGCUCUGCAUGCUGUAGCCGGAGAAGGGGAGGAAAUACGCUAUGUGGAUGUGACCUCCCUGUACCCGUGGGUCAACAAAAACUGUCCUUACCCCAUUGGGCAUCCGCGGAUCAUCACGCAACCCGCUGACCAGUCCCUAGACUCUUAUUUUGGUCUAGCCACCGUCGAUAUUCUUCCCCCUGCUGGUUUGUUCCAUCCUGUUCUGCCU